AUGGGAAAUUUCUCAGUUUUUGCUACUGGACCAGCACUUGUUAGUCUGAUAUCAAUCACGCCAUCAACAAGUCGACCAAUAACAACACUAGUUACAACGCAUAGAGAAUCAACCAUGGGAAACUUCUCAGUGUUUGUAACUGGUCCAGCAUCUGUCAAUCUCAUGUCAUUCACGCCAUCAACAAAUCGUCCAAUAACAAUACUGCUGGCAACCUAUCCGAAUGCACUACUGCCAAAUAGUCCACGGUUUUAUCGACCCAAUGGUGAUAGAAAAGAUUACUAUUACUAUCACGCUAUUCAAGUCACUGUGUCCACAGAUGGAGCUUACUCUUUGGCAAGUGUAUCUGGUAUCAACACCAUGGGUUAUUUAUACGAUACAUCUUUCGAUCCAUCCAAUCCAUCGGCAAGUCUUCUCAUCAGUAGUGAUAAUGGUGGCAUCAGAGGAGGAUUUCGUAUCAACUAUGUCCUCUCAUCUGGACGUCAAUACAUUUUGGUUGUCACGACAUCUCAAGCAUCUCUUACUGGAGAUUUUUGGAUACUAGCUCGUGGUCCAGCUUUGGCCAGGCUUACAUCAAUUGCAUCACCACCAACUAGUAAGCAAUAUUGUUUUUUGUUUCUCUUGAUGGACGAAACUAAUAUAGCAUCAAUUGUUUUGGGAGUCGUAGCCGGUUUUUAUAGUACUAUAUUUUUACUUUGUUUAUCAGAUGUAGUUCAUUUAAAUAAAGAAAUGACCAAAAUGAAGCAUGAAUUAGAAGAUUUGAGAAAUCAAAGUAUUAUAUUUAAUCGAUCAUCUUUUGUUGAUUCAUCAAAUAAAAUAUUAUUAACAAGAACAAAUAUUUCUGGAAAAUUAUGCUUAUCAUAUGAUGAACAACGUCAAAUACUUGAAUAUAUUAAUUUUAUAUGCAAUAUGGCAAUACUUUUAUUUGGAAGUUAUUCAAUAUAUGUUCAUGGGAUCGGAACACAUCAUGGUCUUGCUUAUCGUUUAUUUUUUUUCAUAUGUAAAUUAUGUACUAUAAUUGCAUCGAUUUGGCUCAAUCUUCAUUUUAAAAAAGGCUUACCAAGCGAUAUAUUUUUAUACAUAUGGAUUGAUAUUAAUUGUGUUGUAUCAAUAUAUCGUAGUUUACGUCAAAUAAUCUGA